AAAAAAAAAGGCUAAGCCAAACGAAGCGAAAAUUCGCGUUGCUUACUGCUUCUUCUGAAACAGCAAUACGAAAGUAACGCAUCCAAUCCCAAUUCAAUCCCUUUCUUCACCUAACUUCGCACUCUCCUCUUAUUUAUCCAUCUGCCAACUCCAAGGAAUUGAUCUCUCUCUCUCUCUCUCUCUCUCUCUCACUAACACGCAGAGCGAUUUUUGUACAGUUGGUAAGGUUGGAAGUGGAGAGAACUUUCACCUCCGGCUUUUACAUUAUUAUUCUUUUUCACUUUUUAGAUUUUGAUGAUUUACUUAGCUGUUGAUUGGAGCUAUUUUUCGUAAGUUACAAGAUAAGGUUUUGUUUUUCUUGGUUUUCUAUCUGUAUAUAUUUUGCUUCUUUCUUUUUUUUCUUUUUUUUUUUAAAGAUUAUAGUAUGUUUUAAUGAGCUUGAGUAGAUUAGAACCAAAAAAAAAAAAAAACACGUUGGGUUUGAUUACAUUGUCUAUGCUCUGCUACUCAGAGAAAUAAAUAUUGGUUAUCUGAUUUGGUGCAUAUAGAGACAAUACUGUUGGUGGGUUUUGUGAGAAAAUCUUGAAAUUUGAUGUAGUGGUGGCCGAAAUCUUGUUUGCUAAUGGAUCAGGAGGAGCAGAAGGUACUACCGGGUCACCUUGAUCCGGGGACGAGUGAGAAUUCGAGCAGUUCAGUUAAUGGGGUGGUGCCUGAGACUAUAAUUUCGGUGAAUUCAGACGAGAAGGAAUCUGUGUGUGUUGGUGAAGAAAAAAAUGGGGUUUUGAACGAAUUGGGUAGUGAGUUGGGGUCAAGUAAGGUUCUAAUGAACAGUCAGGAACAUCGGGUCAAUCAGGAGGUGAUUGAUUGGUGUGGCGGAGCUGAGGAACCGAGUCGAGUUGAUCGAGGGACAAGUGAGGAUUCGAGCAGUUUGGGUGGUGGGGUUGUUUCUGAUACUGGGAUUGUUAUUAAUUCGGAUGAGUCUUUGCCUGUUGGUGGAGAUGAUAGGGGAUUGGGAGCAAAAAUUAACGAGUUGGUGUCGAGUAUGGUACCUAGCAAAGAGAUUAAAAGGGUCUCUGAAUCGGAGAGGAAUUCGUGUGUGAUUGAUGUGAAGUGCAGUAGUGGUAUAGUUGGCGACAAUCGGGAUGGGGAGAGGGUUUGUAGGAUUUGCCAUUUGGGUUCUGAGCAAUCAUCUCACAUGACGGAAUUGGUUGCUGAUGAUUCUAAUAUGACGACAACAACGGAUUUAAUUCAGCUUGGUUGUGGGUGUAAAGAUGAGCUUGGCAUUGCACAUAGUUACUGUGCUGAAGCGUGGUUCAAGCUACGGGGGAACAGAUUGUGUGAGAUUUGUGGUAAGACUGCAAAAAACGUUACGGGUGCUGUGCAUAGCAGAUUUAUGGAGGAGUGGAAUGAAAGGAGAUUUACAGCUGGCAGUAGUAACUCCUCAGGAAGAGGUGGAGGAUGUUGGCGGGGACAGCCAUUUUGUAACUUCCUGAUGGCAUGCCUGGUAAUAGCUUUCGUGCUGCCAUGGUUUUUUCGUGUAAAUAUGUUCUGAUACGGGAGUGAAUAAAAAUGCAAAUGUUCUUUCUGAGUAUCAUCAUUUUAUUUUUCCACGCAUGCAUGGUGUUGGUGCAUCAUGUGUUCUGGCAUUAUUUUGGCGUGACAAAGACACACUGCAACAUUUGGCCCUGAAAGUUUGAGGCUUCAGAGUUCAGAUUAUAAAAGUUGUCGCCCUGACAACUAGGUAGCACCAGAUCGGACUGUUGUUCUUUGCUUUGCAGUUGGUGUGGCCGGUAAUGUUAUGAGAAUUUCUUCCUUGGUUUCAUGUCUUAUCCAAAAAUAUUAGAUUUUGCCUUAAAUUUCAUGUUUCAAGGAUGAAACAUAGUCUGAACCCCAAAUUUGUUGGCCGUAUGGCAGGCAUUUGUAUAUGGGAGAGCCAUUUACAUUCUCUGGUUUUCUGGGAGACAAAGAAGCGUGAUGUAUAUUGCUA